CAAAAUCGCCCUGCAAGCGUUUAUUGUUCCUUUUGGCUUUUCUUCGGAGGUUUUUUGUUUUUGUGUGUUUGUCGUGAUAUGAGGGUUCAGGGUUUGUGGGUGUGCCAUGCUUUCAUCAAGGAAUAUCUCCGAACUACGGAGUGAUUCCACUUCACACAAAGGAAGCCUAGAUAUUCGACCCCCAAAUUUUUCCGACGCUCGUUCUACAAAGUCUUUACCUUACGCUGCACGCUCCUCUGACUCUUUGAGUCUCAACGACGCCAUGGGCAUCGGCGACCUCAUAACAGCCAAAUGUCCUCUGGUACCCAACCACAUUCGCCUCUUCCACUCCAUUUAUCCCGUCCGCGGCAAGAAAAUCAUACCAAAAUCGAAUGAAUUCAGUCGAUUGGUGUUUUAUCUUCGAUCCAAACCCCACAAGGUGUUCAAAGUAGGACCCCUUCUGGCGGCGCAUAACAAAAGUGAUAUACGGCAUCGUCGUUGGGGGCAUGUACAGAUUAACUUGCAGCUGGCGCGGACGCUCAUUGAAGAGUGUCAUUCCUUGAUUGCGAUAGUCGGUCCAGCGGCACUUAGUGUCAUCUAUUCCAUUCUGACAUCAACAAACCAGUUGAUGGAGGACGCUACGACCGUGUUUAGGGAGUUCUGCCAGCACUAUAUGUACCAACCCAACUGCCUUCCCAAAGCCCCCAUGCACAACUACCUAUUUGAUUUGAUCAUGCACUUUAGCGGCAUGUGCCUAUUAAAGGACAAUGAUGAAGGUUUUGUCUACACAUCCCGCACUUGCGGUCUCGCGGCGCUGGAAGCCGUGAUCCAUUCCAAAGGCUUUGUAGCGCACCCCCGCUUGAGAGAUAACCCCGAAAUCGAUGGCACAACCAUCAAAGGAGGCCCAGAGUACGUGAGGAUGAUGAUGCACGCCAUACUGGCCAACAUCAACGAUCCAACAAAAAUACCAACGGACCCUAACACCAUUACCGAACGCACCGAGAACGACUUUUCAGAUCCCGAACAAGUUGCAGGACGUUGUCUAACGCAUCUAUUCAGUCUAAUGGAUCUAGAAUCCCUCCCUGUUUUCUUGGCGCCGAUCGUAAACAUUGUUGAUUUCAAGCGUCCAUCCAAAGAGUACGCUGUCAACGUUUUCCGAACUAUUACCACCUGCACACGACCUGAAUACCGGCACGGGAUCCUCAAACACUUUACAGACGUCAUCAAACAACCUGAUGCACACCAAGCCCGUCUUCUUUGUGACCCCUCGGUCAAAGAAACCAUGUUUGAAAUCAUUUGCACCCUCAUGGAGCUCGGGUGUGCGACGGGUGGCAUGUCGUUUUUGGAGCUCUGUGAAGCUCUUUUGGAACAGUUGCAUGCGACGAGAGGAGUGGAGAAUGCACAAGGGUUGCAGGAUGCUGUUAUGAAGUGUUUUGCAAUUUUGGUAAAGAAAGUCGCUCAUCCGCACCAACUUGCUGAAAUGCAGCCCUUCUUGGUGAGCAAGCUGGGUAUCAGCACUGCAGAAGCCAAGCAAGUCAUCGAGCUACUACGGGCGGGAGAAGCGCUACAAGAAGCGAAAUUGAUUUUGAUGCAAGAAACGGUGAAGACGCCUACGCUUACUUCCACGUCGAGUCCUACUGAGAGCGAGGCGUCAGCCGGGGAGGCUAAAGAGCCUGAAAAUGUCAAGGCAACCGGCGAAAAGAAAUUUGGGGAAAGGCUCGUCAUACCAGGACAAAAACCUCCCUCCAUUCAUUCAAUGGACGAAAAGCGGGAGCGACAUCGUACAGUUCAGCUGGAAGAGCUUAUGGCUGCCGCAUACGGAUGGUCCACUCCAACGAAAUCGGGGAGUGUCUUGGAUCUCCACCAGGAGGCAUUGGAUAUUGCCACCAGUGCAGAGUAUGCGGAGGUGGACACGGACGAGCUCUUGGCGUCCAUUACUCCAGAAAGUCUGGGGAUGUAAUAAAACGACAAGGGCUCGUUCCUAGUGGGGUUGUCGUGGGCUGUAUCGGAAGAUCUUGGAGACGCUUUUUUUUUUUACCGAAUGUACUUAAUUUCUUUAUAAAGACGUCGCCGUAUGAUGAUGGUACUGGAUCGUAUCGAA